CGGUGUGAUGACGUGCUCGCGUCGCUGGUGGAUGACGCCACUGGCAGGCCCCGGCGUGAGGAGAAGCCGCUCUGGCAGCGGGAGGAGGAGGACAGCGGCCGCGGGCGGGACAAGACCAGUGCCAUGUCUCUGAUGUUCUCCCGCUCACACCCAGUUGUAAUUGGUAAAAAAGACAAGCGCCUGAUGGCUGAGGUUAACGCUUCACCGCUCAAACACUUUGUCACUGCUAAAAAGAAGAUCAAUGGAAUCUUUGACCAGCUUGCAUCCUACAUCAAGGAGAGUGCUACAUUCCUCAAAGAAACGUACCAGGAUGGAGAACUGGAUCCAAUCACGACAGAAGAGCAGGUACUGGAGGUGACCGGUUACCUAUCAAAGGUUGGAGGAAUCAGUGAAGUGCUGGCACGGCGACACAUGAAGGUGGCAUUUUUUGGCAGGACAAGCAACGGGAAAAGCACUGUGAUCAACGCCAUGCUGUGGGACAAAGUCCUACCCUCGGGAAUUGGCCACACCACCAACUGCUUCCUCCGUGUGGAAGGAUCAGAUGGGAAUGAAGCCUACCUGCUCACAGAUGGAUCGGAGGAAAAACGGAAUAUCAAGACGGUGAAUCACUUGGCUCAUGCCCUGCACCAGGAUGACCAGCUCACUGCUGGCAGUCUCGUUUCUGUCAUGUGGCCCAAGAUGAAGUGUGCCUUACUGCGAGAUGACCUGGUGCUUGUGGACAGUCCCGGAAUUGAUGUAACCACUGAGCUUGAUAGCUGGAUUGAUAAGUUCUGCCUGGAUGCUGAUGUGUUUGUGUUGGUCGCGAACUCUGAGUCAACAUUAAUGCAGACGGAAAAGCAGUUUUUCCAUAAAGUCAAUGAGCGGUUGUCUCAACCCAAUAUCUUUAUCCUCAAUAACCGCUGGGAUGCAUCCGCGUCGGAACCUGAAUACAUGGACGAGGUGCGGCGCCAGCACAUGGACCGCUGCACCAGUUUCCUGGUGGACGAGCUCGGAGUUGUGGACAGGGCUCGGGCCACUGAUCGCAUUUUCUUUGUAUCAGCCAAGGAAGUUUUGAACGCUCGGAUCCAAAAAGCUCAAGGGAUGCCUGAAGGAGGUGGAGCGCUGGCUGAAGGAUUCCAGGCAAGAAUGUUUGAAUUCCAAAACUUUGAGCGUCGGUUUGAGGAAUGUAUUUCGCAGUCAGCAGUUAAAACCAAGUUUGAGCAACACACCGUUCGCGCCAAGCAGAUUUCAGAGACCCUGCGGCGAAUUAUGGGUGCUGUGCAUGUUUCUGCCACUGAACAGAGGGUGCAUUGCCUGAAUCAGAGAGAGGAGAGAAUGGAUCGAUUGGAGUUUAUUGAGAAUCAGCUGGAUUUGUUAACUCAGGAUUGUAAAAGCAAGAUCAAACAAAUUACUGAGGAGGUGGAGCGACAGGUCUCUAAUGCAAUGGCAGAAGAAAUACGACAGCUUUCCAUGUUGGUGGAUGAUUUCCACUUGGAUUUUCACCCCUCACAGGUGGUGCUCAAAGUCUAUAAAAGUGAGCUUCAUAAACACCUUGAGGAAGGUCUUGGACGCAACAUGUCUGAGCGUUGCUCUGUCACCAUUACAUCCAGCCUCCAGAAAACCCAGCAAGAAAUGAUUGACAGCCUCCAGCCUCUACUGCCACCUGCGGAGAGAGGCCGUGUCGAUCUUCCAGUCCCUCGUCAAUGCUUCAGUCUCAGUUAUGAUCUGAACUGUGAUCGGCUCUGCACAGAUUUCCAGGAAGAUGUUGAAUUUCACUUCUCACUCGGAUGGACAAUGCUUGUCAGUCGUUUCCUUGGACCAAAAAAUGGCCGCAGGGCAUUGGCGGGAUGCAGUGACCAGGUGACAAGGCAAAUGCCUAUUACCCCUGUCAGCACCAGCUUGCCACCGUUACCCCAAGGGUCGAUGACCCAGGAAGAACUUAUGGUGUCCAUGGUAACUGGAUUAGCAUCUUUAACUUCACGGACAUCAAUGGGAAUAAUCGUAGUUGGUGGUGUGGUGUGGAAGGCAGUGGGCUGGAGGCUGAUUGCACUGACAGUUGGAAUGUACGGUCUCCUGUAUGUGUAUGAGCGUCUGACGUGGACAAACAGAGCAAAGGAACGAACCUUCAAGCGGCAGUUUGUGGACUAUGCUGCUGAGAAACUACAGCUCAUAGUCAGUUACACAGGUUCCAACUGCAGUCAUCAGGUGCAACAAGAGCUGGCAGGGACAUUUGCCCAGCUAUGUCAGCAGGUGGAUGUAACACGGCAGAGCCUGGAUGUGGAAAUUAAAGACCUGAAUAAGAAGAUUGAACAGCUGGACUCGCUCCAGAGUAAAGCCAAGUUGCUCAGGAACAAGGCCGGCUGGUUAGACAGUGAGCUGAACAUGUUUACUCAGCAGUACCUGCAGCAGAGCAGUUGAGAGGACUGUGGCAGGUUCAAGAUUGCAAGAUGUCUUCACUUUGUGAGCAGGCAGAGUCCAGCUGCUGCAAUAGAGAAGGAUGGUGGGGGAGGGGGGGGAGGGUGGUGAGGACAUCACUGGGAUCUUAAUUUUUGCUCAGAAUAAUAUAUAAACACUUUGGAACUGAUUUAAAUAUGCUGGGCUGAGUAAACGACAGUAACUAGCUGGCCCAGAGCCUACUGUUUCACCUAUGGGGAGACUUAUGAUCCAAAUCGUACUGCCCUCGCAUGAAAAUAGCAUUCACCCUGCACAAAUUGGAGGUUGGAGUACAUUUGAAUUUUGACCCUUUUAACGCAGCCUUCUCCUCCCUCCAGCUUACACAGAUAAUCUCAUCAUGUUGUACAGACCUUUCACCGUGGUAGGAAUGUUGACUGAAUCUGAUCAGGGUAAUAUUUGCUACUUCCUGCUUUAUCUUGGAGUGGAAUAAAGAGGCUGAGAAUAUUUAUUUAAUAAUCCUGAGAGAUACUCGCUCUACUUUAACUGCCCAUGCACUUGAUAACUGACUGAUGCUCAUGAAUUGGUGACUCUGAGUUGCUCUUUGCUAUUGAGUUUCAAAGAAAGAUUAAGGAGGAUUCAAUCUUUGAUCCAUUGUAUGCCAUCUGACGAUUAUAUUUCAGCCAUGGUAGCAUUAAUAUCCUGAAUCUUUCAAUUCGAUCCUAAGCUGUAACUUUUUAAGUUAUCUGUUAUUUCAUAUCCGGUGUUCCAUUUAUUUCCUUAAAACAAGCAGUUAUAAACACUCUUGAAUUGCCCAGAGGUUGACAUUAUAUUCAACUGAAUAUGUGAUAAUGUGCCCUGUACCUCAAUUGGUUGUACAGAUUAGCCAGCUAAUAAUAAAAAUAGGAAUGAAGUUCAAAUCUGAAUGGACGGGGUAAUAUCAAAAUAGAAGGAUAAUGCCGUAUGUGAAAAGAAUGUCUGUGAUUUAAUAAUAGAUGUGGAUGUCAAGUGAGACACCAUUACAGAUAUUAUAAUUCUAAUUUAGUGUGGAUUAUGUUGGACUUUCUGAAAUUGAAGGCGAACUCUGAUCUUGCCCUCCUCUUCCUUGUCUAUUUUUGCCCUGUCCUUAUUGCUGCUUUUUCUCUGAUCACCCCACUUUACCAAAACCAGUGAGUAUCUUGACAGGGUAUGAUACGUUAAAACCAGUGGAAAGUCGCUUUUAUCGUUAAUUAAUUUAAUUUAUAAAAAUUGUUGUCAUUUGCCUAUCAGUGUAAAUGGAAAGAACAUGCUCUGAAUCUGAAUGGCUUGAUUAUAAAUACAGUUGGAUGUUUUUUGUUGGCAUCACAGUACAGUGUGCAUGGGGCAUCAUCUCCACUGACAAAGGUAUAAUGUACAAGCCCUGCUAUGUUGUCAUAGUGAAGAAAAAGUCAAAAUAAUCUACCAUGAAUUUUGUUUUAACUUGUCACAAACAGCACUCAGUUCUAUUGCAGUAAGGUGGCUGAUCAUAGAUGAAACACUUUACUUGUGUUGGGAAUCGCAGCUUUUACUGUAUCCGAGGAACACAGUUCUGGAUCUGCCUUCUCAUUUUUCAUGCUUUAAAGAUUACCAUUGUUGUGUUUAAACACUACCUUGGGUGAGAUUCACUGUUUUAUGGAUUCAGACCUUCACUUAAUAUUGCAAAUACACUUAAUGAGUAUCUUGGAGAAAAGGCUGAUUAAUAUGUUGAAGACAUUACCCUGCUUAGUUUUAUAGAUGGAAGCCAAUUUUCUGUCCAGUUUUGUUCAUAAGAAUGAUGGGUGUUCUGUGAGAGAUAGGAUUCUGAUUCAUUUGGGUUUGAAUCAUUGCACUGAGUAGCUGUAAACAAUGAACAUAAAAUAACCCAAACAUUUUGCUGAACUGAAGUUGCGAGAUGGGUUUAAAUCUCUGCUCAUGUUGAAUAGUUUUGAUUGGAGAUAAUUGAUCUGAAACGUUAACUCUUUCUCUCCUCAAGGGUCAUUUUGUUCUAUUUCCAGCAUUUUUCGUUUUAAAUUCAAAUAUCCCACAUCUGCAGUGUUUUAUGUUUGUUCUAAAUCUGCACUUUUGACCACCUAUUCUAUUGGAUUUUGAGCAAAUUGUUUUGGUUAAAAUGCACUUUAUGUUUUUUUGCUGCUCGAGGCUAUAUCUUUAAUUUAAUAGUCAAAAUUGAUGUACUGCUGUACUGUUGUCUUCACAGCCUGAUAAUCAGUACCAGGCUUAUUUAAAAUAAAUUAAUUUGGAAAAAAAAAUUGA